CAGUACAACACACACUGUCCCUCUCUCUCUCUCUCCUCGCUGUCUCUGUCUCUCUCAUCCAACCCGCGUACGAAAAAGUUACAAAUAGAAAUAGAAAAAAAUCAAAAGAAGGAAGAAGUAGAGAGAGAAAGUAAAAGAAGGAAGACACAGAGUCAGAGAGAAGGGAGUCUUUUUUCUAGGGAAGGAAAUCUUUCGUUCAAUCUAUUCCUCUCUCGUCUCCAGAAUCACGCGGCCUCCAAUUUUUCACAAUGAAUGACCUUUUGUCGUCGGAUUCAUUUGUGAACUCACGGGAUCAAGGAAAUAGAAAUGGUGAUAUUGAAAUGGGCAUGGAGAGACAAACAGGCGACCUAGGCUUGGAAGAUUUCUUUAAGCAGGUUCAGGAGAUUGAGAAGCAAUAUGAAAAGCUCAAUGCCUUACUGAGAAAGCUUCAGGAUGCUCAUGAGGAAUCAAAGGCUAUCACCAAGGCUGCUGCAAUGAAAGCAAUCAAGAAGCGAAUGGAGAAGGAUGUUGAUGAAGUAGGAAAAAUUGCCCGUACAAUUAAAUUAAGAAUUGAGGAACUUGACAAAGAGAAUUUAGCCAAUAGACAAAAGCCUGGAUGCGGAAAAGGAUCAGGUGUAGACAGAUCAAGAACAUCUACAACAGUGGCUUUGAAGAAGAGAUUUAAAGAUAAAAUGUCUGAGUUUCAGACUUUAAGAGAGAAUAUACAUCAAGAGUACCGUGAAGUAGUUGAGAGGCGUGUAUUCACAGUAACUGGUGCUCGGGCUGAUGAAGAGACAAUUGAUCAAUUAAUAGAGACCGGAGAUAGUGAGCAAAUUUUUCAGAAUGCAAUCCGAGAACAAGGCCGAGGCCAGAUAAUGGACACACUCGCGGAAAUUCAAGAGCGUCAUGAUGCAGUUAGAGACUUAGAGAAGAAGCUUCUAGAUUUACAACAGAUAUUCCUAGACAUGGCAGUUCUGGUGGAUGCUCAAGGCGACAUGCUCGAUAACAUAGAGUCACAGGUUUCAUCUGCGGUAGACCACGUGCAAUCGGGGAAUACUGCCCUUCAGAAGGCCAAAAGUUUGCAAAGAAACUCGAGGAAAUGGAUGUGUAUUGCAAUCCUCAUCCUUCUCAUUAUUGUAGCGAUCAUCGUAGUAGGUGUACUUAAGCCAUGGCAGAACAAGAACGGCGCUUAGCUCUCUCUACCAGAGUGUACUGUAUAAAUACCAAAAAAUAUAAAAGAGUCUUGAGAAUUGAUUUAUUUUCGACAAACUAUGUUGUUUAUUCUUUUUUUACUUGUGCAUUGAGGACUUGGGCUUGUGUGUACUUAGCCAACGUGUAGUCUAUUAUUUUUAACUUUUACCAGGAGGUGUAUUCAAUAUCUUAAAUACAAACUAUGCUCAUUUUUUCUUCA